AUGGCUACACUCCUCUAUCUCUGCAGACUAGGAUCUCUUUGUGUUGCAUACCGGAUGUGUGGUGAAAACUUUAUUCAAAGACAACUUGACUUGUGCCGGCAAGUCCAAUGUGGUCAAGUGGUACAAACAAUCUCACCACUGAUCCGUCAGCUACGGGAGUUUGAAAAGUUUCGAAAAACUCUUAGAGAUGGAGACUAUAUAACAAAUGAAGGAGAUAUCUUUGUUGGUGGGAACAAAUUUGAAAAGAAAGUCUGGUCUAGGCUCGUGCCAAAGAUUGAAGACCGUCUCUGCAACCUUUUUGGUCAACUUCUGAUUGGGAACGGGCAACUUUUGCUUUCUGUCUUGCUGGAUCCAGUUUCCAGUCCAAAGACCACAUCUCUUGAUGGUGGAUUUGGAUUUCAAGUGACUGAUGAAGUUGGAUCAGCUAACUUUUGCUUUGAAGCAAAUGAGACUGUGAUGGAAAAGAUUCACAAGCUAAUACAACUUGUUUUCCACGGUCUUGGAUUUGGUGCAAUGCGGUUCCAAGAGAUUCUUGAAAUGGAGGAUUGUUCCACACCCAGAUUUUUUAACAAUCAGAUCUGGUACUGGGCAGAAACAAGGAAGCGAGCAAGUGUAUUUCGGACAUCACAUGGCUUUGUGGAAAGGAGACUACCCUGGUCCUUAAGUCGGCUAUACCUCUUAUACCGUCUUGCCAAAAAGAGGACCGGUUACGAACCCAAGGCUGGAAUCAAACCAACUCAGACUGCUCAGGAGAUCUUUGAGUUGUCUGAAGCACCAUCAAUGCUUGAUCUGCGUCAUGUUUGGACAGAUAUUGCAGCCCAUGUUUUUGAGUUGACAGUUGCUAAAGGAGAGUUGGAUCAUAUUUCAACGCAAACUGGUCACUCAACACAAACACACAACUUGCACUACAAAACGGAGAGGCCAUUGGAUGAAAUGUUUCAUACUUUUCAUAAGAGUUUAGGUGAAAGGGACUGCCACCUCCACAAAACAACCUUGGACAUGGGUGACUUCAAAGCUGCACUGAUUUCUAUUUACGGUGCCAAUGCAAAAUAUUUGGAGGGGCAAGAAGACUUCUUACGAUUGAUUUUGGAAAACCAAAACAGCAAUAUACAUGGUACUAUUCCCUGUGGAAGAGGGAAGAGUUUGACAUAUUUCCUUCUUGCAAAGGCGGCAAUUCUGAGUGGUGUCAAUGAUGGUGUCAGCUUUGUUGUGCUUCCAUACAAGUUCCUGGUGGAUCACAUGCUUCAAGUUGGAGAGCGGAUGGGUCUUGAGACGGUGGCUGUUCAAUGUUCUGACAUAGCAAAGGGUGCCACCCCCAGUCCAUUGGUAGAGAACAUUCCUGCCAUUGUAUUUUUUCCUGUGGACUCUUUUGCAAAGAUGAUGAGUGACAAUGGAGGCAAGCUAGAGCAAUGGUGCAAUGAAGGUAUUCUACGGCGUAUCUUUCUUGAUGAGAUUCACUUGCCUUUCAUUGAGUUGGGUUUUCGCAGAAGCUAUGACUGUUUUCCACAAAUUGUUCCAAAAUUUGUGUCAAAGGGAAUACAAGUCAUUACAAUGAGUGGCUCACUUUCAAUUGGGGUAGAGGCUGCAAUUCAGAAGUGGCUAGGCAUGAAGAAUUGUAAGAGUCGGCGGACCGCCAGUCUUGGUUUUGCUGGUAUACCCAUCCACGUUAAGCCAAUCCCAACAGGUGAUGGUUUCCAAUCUGUGAUUCAAGACAGACUUAAAUCUGGGCACAUUCAUGUAUUUUGUCGGACAAAGAAAGAUUGUGCUAAGAUCUAUGAUUGCCUGUUGGAGAUUGUCAUUUUGAAUCAGAUUGGAGUUGUAACAUUGGCUACAGAACUUGAACUGCAAGACAGUCAUUUGUUUUGGUCACAUGUACAACCUGGCUUCACUCAUCCAAGCUAUGGGCCGUCUACGGGUCAACCAGGGUAA